GCAAAGCCGUAUUGCUAAUCAGAGGCUGUCGUUUCGCCGCGUUUGUUUGUAUAUUAUGUUCACGAUGAUUUGAAUCGGAUUUCAACGGUGGCUUUGAUGUACUGUUAUCUAAUGUGGUGACUUGAAUACUUAUGCUAUGCUGGUACCAGUAGUCCAGGCUGUAAAAAAUACACCUUUCGCCGGAACAUGUCCGACGCAGCAGCGACAUCGCGCCCGAAAUUUCUGCGCACGUACGUCGUAAACUCCAGCACCCUCGAUUCGGUGCAAGUUGCCAUCAGUUGCAUCAAAUGGAUAGCCAAUAUUUCAGGGAAUUAUGGUGCUAAGAAGGAGGCUUGCUCCAAAUUAACCCACAACAUUCUGAGCAGCAAAGGGCUGCCACAUGUUUUUGCCCUGUAAGGUUGCUACUUUGAACUUCCUUUGAAGUAUCUUGGAGGAAGAAUGGAUGCAAUAUUUCAUGAGAAGCAAGAGGGCUCGCUAUGUGCUCAGCACUGUUUGAAUGCCCUCCUCCAAGGAUCAUUCUUCACGGCUGUGGACCUGGCUACUUUGGCUCAGCAGAUGGACGAGGCUGAGAGGACCAGGAUGUCUGAGGCUGGCGUAGAUAGUGAGGAGUACAGAAACUUCGUCAGUGCCGGCUCACAGAACAUGGACGACAGCGGCUACUUCUCGGUGCAGGUGAUCUCGGCGGCGCUGCGCGUCUGGGACCUAGACUUGGUGCCGUUCAGCAGCUCGGACGCCAGCGCCGCACAGGCCCGCGCCAACCUCGUGGGCCAGACCGCCUACAUCUGCAACUACCGGGACCACUGGUUCACGAUCCGGCGGCUGGGCCGGCAGUGGUUCAACCUGAACUCGCUGCUGACCGGCCCGGAGCUGCUCUCCGACUCGUACCUCUCCGAGUUCAUGGCCCAGCUGCUUCAGGAGGGCUACUCCAUCUUCAUCGUGCUGGGCAUGCUGCCGGCCUGCACGGCCGACCGCCUGCUGCAGACGACGACGGUCACGCAGGCGGUGAAGCCGCGCCUGCUCUCCGAGCAGCGCACCAUCGAGACGCUGGCCGGCGAUGACUCCCAGCUGCGCGCCGCGCUCGAAGAGCAGCUGCAGGCGGCGCUGGCCGCCAGUUUGGCGCAGGACGGUCGGUCCGCGCCGCCACCGCCGCCGGCGGAGGACGAGGCGGAGGAGGAACAGCUACAGGCAGCCAUCAGGAUGAGUCUGGAAGACGGCAGCACCGCGCCGGCCCGCCCUCCCGACAUCAGCGAGGUCCGGGCCCAGCGCCAGGCGUUCUUAGACCGGGUACAGCGGGAUCGACCGCCGCCGUAGGCGCCGCAGCCUGCUGGUACGAGCUCUGCUGAGCGCCCAUACGUGGUGGAACGGUUGUUACCUUGAAUGCGAGUCUUGAGGAUCGCGGUAAGACAAACUCAGUCGUGACCGGGCGGCAUGAUGCAGCGUGAGGAAGUUAACUCUCUUCUAUGAGACGAGAUUUCAUGACGCCGGCGAGAUUGUCAAAUAUUAGCGUCUUAUCCCCGCCCUCUGUGAUCUGGGAUUGACAGCGAUGCAUCAGAACCCAGCUUCAGCUGCUUGUGGCGGAUGCAUUACAUUGCAGACGUCAGCAGCGCGCUGGUGAACCUGAGGCAGACACGGUUCUAGCCCUGCGUGUCCUGACAAUGCCCAUCGCUCCCGCCCUGUAGAGCCCAGUCAGCUGCCAGUUCUCUCCCAGACCACCUGCGUCGCGACUCGGACCGUUGUGGGGUCACGACGCUUUGGAGCGAGCCCGCGUGCCCUCUCGCCUGCCCGCGCAGCGCUGGCGUGGGCCCAGUCUUCACGCGCCCGACCAGGGUCCGCUGGGGUCUUGUGUGCGGCCCCGCACUUCCGAGCGAACAGUGCAACAUGCUGUGGGCGGCGUGCAUACUCCAUCGUUAUCGUACUAUAAGGUGUUUAUUUUUGUGCUGCUGUUAAACGCAUUUAAUGCGCUCUGUGUCUUAUUAAUGUGAGUGAUGCGAUGACUAAUACACUGAAAGCUUUCGUUAAU